AAGCCAAAUUGAGUACUUCCGCUAAACUGGACCACGUUUUGGAAAGAUGGAGAAGAAAGUUGAGCGUGCGGCGGAGGGGAAGAACAUGUCUCUGCCUGUUUCACGUGUAAAACUGAUCAUGAAGAGCUCUCCGGAUGUGUCGUGCAUCAAUCAGGACGCUCUGUUUCUGACCACGAAAGCGACGGAGCUUUUUGUUCAGCACUUGGCGUUGACCUCGUACAAUAACGGCUCAGGAAAACAGAAAGGCACCUUGGCUUACCGUGAUCUGGCCAAAACUGCUGAGGAGACAGAAAUGUUCCAGUUUCUCACAGAUAUUCUUCCAAAGAAAAUCUUGGCCAGAGAUUAUCUAAAGUCCCUGGAGAAAAUGGAAGAAGGAGACAACUGAUUUAUUUUUCCAGCUCAUUAGCAGGAAUUGUUACUUCGACAUCAGUCUAAAUAUAGUUUGAUGAUAAUAUAAUGUGAACCGACUACAAAAAAAAGGAUCCAGACAUCUCACCCCAAAAAAUGUAUACAGUUCCUCACAAUUUGGGGUAAGGAACAACUAAGGAAUAAGGGCCUGACCACCACCCAACUACCUUCAGCUCACACAGCAAACUCGCAAGGCAGAGUGGCUGUGUGAAGUGUUUCUUACCUUUAUUUAUGCAUAAUUGUUGAUUUGCUUUUGUGUUUUUUGUUUAAACCGGCUCCGAUUCUGACAUUACAGCCGCUUUAAAAGCGGUUCCUCAGGGUGUACACACUGCAUCAUUAAAUGAGCAUUACAGUAUCAGUUAUUUCUUACCCCUUUUUACACCUGGAAAUGGAAACUCUCUCUCAUUGUACAUAUUGUGAGAUAAAAACUUGAUAACUUUAUCUUUUUUUGUUAGAAAUCUGCGCUAGUGAAAAACAUACACCUGCAGGGUUAAUUGCGGUGCCCUUUACUAUAGAUCAGAAUCGAGUACACCACGGCUUGCUUGUAUUCUUCUACUGUUUCUACUGAUGACAUGCACUGAAUUUCAGAGCCCUCAAAUUCUUUAUACUUGAGUAUUUUGUAUAGUGUACUGUAUAAAUGUUGGUGUAUAUUUUUCAGUAAAUAAACCUUUGUUGUUGUUUUUUUA